UUCUCCUUCCUCUCCCAAGGGAAGGGAAGCGAGGGAACAUAAGGAAGGUAGGGAAGGCUGGCAAGGAGUUCGGUCGAGCCCCAGAUCCACGUCGUCGUUGUCGACCUGAUUCGCGUCCUCGACUGGCCGUAGUGCUCUGGGGCUGCUCCUCUCUGUGCUCUUCUCCCCUGACUGCUCCACCUUAACCUCGACUGGCCGUAGUGCUCUGGGGCAGCUCCCGUCGCGUCCUCGCCUACACUGCCCUCCGUGUCGCCGUGAUCUACUGCACCGCCACGCUCCUCGACGUGCCCGCGGCCGUGGGCCCCCAGCCGCUACCGCCGUCCGCGGGCCUCCAGGCGAGGUCCAUGGCCACCUUCAUCCGCACGUGAGCACCCCCUUCCCUACCAUUUCUGCCCAGAUCCGCUACCCCUAAAUUUGAGUGGUCUCUCGGUUGAAUCUGUGUCACAGGAAGCCCCACGUAAACGUCGGCACCAUCAGGCACUUCGACCACGGCAAGACCUGCUCUGCUUCCCUCACCAGCGCCAUCACCAAGGUACUGGUGGAGGCCGGGAGCGCCAAGGCAGUGGCGUUCGACGAGAUCAACCUUAGUGCUUAAUGCUGACAUGUGGAGGAGAAAGCCACAGGAAUCACCAUCUCAAUGGAUGGUGGUCGGGUGUCCACAAGGAAUGGAAAUUGAUGGAGAUCCCUAUGUGUGCAUCGUGCAUGCUGGUAGUAGAUUGAUCAAGACGUCAAGAGCAAGAAAAUACUAUUCGUGUCAUGCAGAAGUGCACCACAAAGAAGAGCACCAGUCCGUCUACUUCUUGCCGCUCCGACCCAAGUGUUGUCCAACACCAUGGAAGGACAACUGGGUGAGGAUGCUGCGGCUGGGCUUCCAGUGCGUGGGGAUCCUCAACGCUGACCUCGGGACAUCGCCGCUCUAUGUCUUCUCCAACACCUUCAAGUACAACGUCGGGCUCGAGGACGACAUGUCGGCCGUCCUCUUCCUCAUCAUCUACAGCUUCCUGCUCUUCGCCAUGGUCAAGAUCAUCUUCAUCGUGCUCUUAUAUUUAGGAAUGGAGGGCACGGAGGAUCCGCUGGAAACAAGUUCUGGAUGUCGAUGGGUCUGCCGGUGGCAGCCACUGUCAACUGUGCUGACAAAGCUGGUGCCAAGAACCUGUACAUCAUCUUUGUCAAGGGAAUCAAGGGGCGCCUGA